AGUUGUUUCAGAGAACAGAAAGAUUGUGUAGCCUAGCCAACUCAUAAGAAAGAAGUUUACUGUGGAAUGUUGUACUAAAUCAGGACGUCCGUCCUAAAGUUUUGAUGAUUUUCCUAUAAUCAAGAUAUGGAUGAAGAUGAGCGACAGAGGAAACUAGAAGCUGCAAGAGCAAAGAAACCUACCAACAUGCAGCGCAAUCAUACGCUUGCUAGCUACCGACAGCGCCGGGCGAAAGGGAACGGUGCGGGCGCGGCGAAAAAGACGCAGAAGGGGAAGGGCCCGGAUGACGCGGCGGAUGAGCGCUCAGCGCAAGACCCUGCCUUAGACGCGUCUGUGCCGACUGGGAAGGACACGCGACAGGACACCAGGGCUAAACAUGAGGGACCCCAGAGGUCUGGACAGAAAUAUCAGUGCCAACCUCCAGAGCCCCACCAGAACCAUGGCUCCAGUGCCCAAGAUCAAAGCCUCUCAUUGGGGGAAACGCUGUCCACUGACCAGCCAACCGUGGUGGAGGAUCUGGUACAGGUGGAUCUGGCAGCACUCACUGGCAAAGAGCAGCUUAAGCAGCUGCAGGAGGCCGUGGAGAAACGCAACGAGAUCAUCUCCAGGCUGAGUUCCAACCUGCAGGAGGCCCUGGCCAGCCGAGACCAGGUCCAACAGGAGGCCCAGACCCUGGCUGGGCAGAUCCAGGCCUUACAGGUCCAGCUCCAGCAGACAAGCCAGUACCUCCUGCGCUCCAAGACCCAGGCAGGCUCAGAGCUGCCCCAUGCCCAGCAGCUGCCCCCUGAGCCGGGCCUCGGCUCCCAGGACCUGGCCCCUGUCCUCAACCACCUGGAGGAGCCUGGGAGCGCGGCCCUCGGGCAGCCCCUGAAAGGCUUUCGCUCCCGGGGCGUGGAAUCUGACUCCAACGCUGACACUGAGACGGAAGCCCUGCUGCACAGACUGAGGACGGAGCUGGAAGAGGAGAAGGGGAACAGCCAACGCGCGCUUCAUCUACUGGAGGAGGAGAAGAGGGGGAGGGAGGAGGAGCGGAGGGAGAGGGAGGUGCAGCUGGAGGCCCUUCGGACCCAGCUGGACCGAGCCCAGGACCAGGUGCGGGAGAUCCAACGGUUCAAGGAGGAGAAGGAGGCGCUGAAUCGGGAGGUGCAGGAGCUGAGGAGGAGGCUGCAGGAGGGGGGGGAGGAGACGGGGCGGGCGGCUGACCGUGCCCUGCUCCUGGAGACGGAGAAGGAGGAGGGGAUGAGGGAGGAGCACCGCGAGGAGGCGCAGGGAGUCCAACGUCUCCUGGAGGAGAGGGAGAGAGGGAUGGAGGACGCGGCGAAAGAGGAGUUGGGGCAGAAGGCUUGUAAAGACGAGCAGAACCAGGCGAGGGCUAGCGUGGGCGAGGAGGGGGAGGACAGUCUGAAUGGAUCUGGGGAGGCCGACCCCCUGAUGGAGCGCUACCUGUCCUCAGCCCUCCCCAAGCGCUCGCCCUACUCCUGGACCGAAGACAGUCUGGAGGAGCACAGCCUGCUGGAGAACUCGGGCAACUACAGGUUCGAGCUGGACAGCGACGUCCUGGAAGACCAGUCCCAGCUUUCCCUCUCUCGCCACUCCCUCCGGGAGGAGCAGACCCUCGACCUCCACAGCUAUUCCCUCCCGAGGAGCUCCGCCGUCGCCGCGGGCGACGACCAGGGAGCGGGCGACGGCUCCCCGUUGGGGUGGCUCCGGUCCUCGGCGGGCGAGCUGUCCCAGGGGGAGUUCAGCGAGGGGCCGGACCUGGCGAAGGAGCUGCUCAUCCAGCAGUGUGAGGAGCUCCGGAGGGAGCAGGAGGUGCUGACGGAGGAGGUGCAGAAGAGCGCCGAGGAUCUGGAGGAGGCCCGGGAGAGGUGGGCGCAGGUCACAGAGGAGCUACGGGAGGCGCUCUGGGAGCUGGAGGAGGAGAAGGAGAAGGGGAGGAGGUGCCAGGACGAGAUGGAGGAAGAGAGGGAGAAGAGGAGGAGGGCCGAGGAGGAGGUCAACGCGAAGAGCCACGAGGAAGACAACCUCAAGAACAAACUCAGCGCCUUGCUGGAGGAGAGGGAGAGCGAGGACUCCCUCCUCCCCCUCAGCCCCCCCGGGAAGGACCGGGAGGGUCUGCAGGGGGAGCUGAAGGAGCUGAAGGAGGUGCAGGAGGAGAAGGCGGUGCUCGUCUCCCGGCUGAAGCAGCAGGAACGCCUGGUGUCCUCCCUGCAGGAGAUGAAGCUGGCAGGAGACUCGGUCACCUCCGAGGUCCAGGUGCUCUUUGGCAAGCAGCUGCAAGCCUUACAGGCUCACCGUGACCAGGUAUGUGCUGAACUGGAGGAGACCAAAAGCAGACUCAAAACCUCGUCGGCGCUCCUGGGCCAGAAGACCAUGGAGCUGGACCAGGCCCUCGCCGAGGCCGAGGAGGUCCGGCGGGAGGCGGCGAGGCUGCGGGAGGAGGCGGGGGAGAGCGCGGGCCGGCUGGAGGGGGCGGAGCGGGCGAGGGCGGAGCUGGAGUCUCAGCUCCUCGGCCUGGAGCAGAACCUGACCGGCCUGGAGGAGGCGCAGAGCCACGGGGCCCAGGAGAAGGAGGAGCAGCGGAGGAGGCAGGAGGAGCGCGACGCCCAGAUCCGGAGGAUGGAGGAGCUCAUCGAGGAGGAGCUGGAGGAGUUCCAGAAGCAACUCGACGCCAAGGACGAAGAGGUGGCCGAGGAGAGGGAGAAAUGGGAGGAGGAGCGCCAGGAGAAGGAGCAGGAGCUGCGGACCGCGAGGCGCCUCCUGGAGGAGCAGAGGGAGGAGAGGGAGGUGGAGGUGCGCGCCCUCCUGGACCGGCAGCUCCUGGCUGCGGAGGAGGCGGCGGCGGCGAUGAGGAGGUCUCACCAGGAGGAGGUGCGGGAGCUGCGGGAGGAACAUCACAAGGAGGUGCGGGAGCUCAACGCCCGUGUGGGGGCGGAGCUCCGUGAGCAGAGGGCCGCCUUGGAGGAGGAGCAGAGGCGGCAGAUCUGCCUGAUAAAACAGGUGAACGAGAGGGAGCACCAGAGGAUGAUGUCAGAGCUGGGCUCCAGGCAGAGGGAGGAGCUUAGCCGUCUGAAGGCGGAGCUCUCUGUUGACCAUCGAGAGAGCAUGGAGGCUGCCCACCAGGCUGAGAUACAGCAGACACAGUCCCACCAGUCCUUAGAGGUGGAGGCCUUGCGCCUGAGCCUGACCAACCUCCACACCGCCCAGCUGGAGCUCUCCCAGACCAACCUGCACCGGGAGCGGGAGGCGGCUCUAAGCGAGCUCCAGGCUUCGCUCAGGGAGAAGUGGGCCCAGGAGAGCGCCGUCCUGCAGGCCCGCCAGCAGUUUGAACUGGACCGGCUGAGAGAGCAGAGCCUGGACAAGGAGGAGAGACAGAGGGAGGUGUACCAGAGGAGCCUAGAUGAGCUGGAGCAGAAGUGUGAGAGCGUCUCCAAGGAGAAGGCGUCCAUUGAGGAACAACACGCUACGGAGAUGAAGGCUCUGAGGCUGCAGUGGCGGGAGGCAGAGAAACAUCAGGCCGACCUCCAGACCAGACUGUCAGAGGUCCAGCAGACCCUCGCCGAUACCCAGGCCUCCCUCACCCAAACCCGGGCAGAUCUGUCCUCUUCCAGGGCCCUGGUGGAGGAGCUCCAGGCCUCCACAGCGAAGGAGAUCCAGAGGCUGGAGGAGGAGCUGAGCCAAGCCCAGAGCGACAGGGACACUGCAGGCCGCUCGCUAGAAGAGUUGGUGUCCAGCUAUAAGAAGGUCCUGCUGGAUAAAGAGGAGCACAUACAGCAGCUCGAGGAGCGAGAGAGCGCCCUGCAGAAAGAAGCCGCGCGUCUGCUAGAGGAGCAGGUGUCUCUCAAACAGAGCUCGGAGCAGGAGGUGGCCCAGUUGUGGGCUCAGCUGGACAGCAUGAGGACAAGCCGCCAGGAGCUGGGAGAGCUGAAGGAGCAGCUACUGGCUCGCUCGUCGCGCGUUGAUGACAUCGAGCGACUGAAGGUGGAGUUCAAUGAGCAGAGGAGAGAGAUUCGUCAGCAGAAUGAGGCGGAGCUGGAGAGCCUGAGGAGGUACUUUGAGCAACGCCUGCGGGCUGCAGAGGAAAGCUACAGGGAGGAGAUCGCCCUGCUGCAGCUGAGGCUGGUGGAGGGGGCCCUGGAGGAGUCUGUACUCAAGACUGGGGAUGCUAGCUUCAUGUCGGAGGGCAAAGGCGAGGAGGAGAGGAAUGAAAUGCUGGCUGAGAUCACCCUCAAACUUGAGAAACACAAGGAGGAGCUGGACGCGCUGCGUGGGCAGCUGGAGGAGAGACACACUCAGGAGAUGUCUCACCUGCGCUCCUCUAUGGCUCUGGCCAAUAGAGAGGACAUGCUGCAGGUGCGCACUGACCUCACCGACCGUUACUAUAGCGACUUGCAGGAGCUGAGGACUCGCCACGCUUUGGAGCUGGAGCAACUUCGAGCCAAAAUCUCCGACAGCCAUGUCAGAGAACUGACAAGGAUUCGUCUGGAGGCAGCGAGGCAGGUUGAGGUGGAGGUGGAGCAGCGCAUGUGGCGUCACAGUGAGGAGCUCCAGACCAGACUGACCCUGAUCCAGACCCUGGAGACACGCCUCUCCAGCCUUACGCAGCAUCAUGCCGCAGAGCUGCAGAGAAACGCGCAGCAGCUGAAGCAGGAGUUUGCUGAGGAGCUGACCGUCCGAUUGGAGGAGGCGCAGAGCCAGGAGAGGGAGCGCGGGACGGAGGAGCAGGCCGAGAUGAGUCGGGAGGAGGAGCAGGUCUCCUCCCUGAGGCGGGAGGAGGAGAGGAGAAGCCUGGAGAGGGAGCUGGAGGAGGCGAGGGAGCGACUGCAGAGUCUGCAGGACUCGCUGGACCAGGACUCGAACCCCCUGGUGGUGGCAGUGAGACAGAAACUGGACACCCAGUAUGACAGCGAGCUGCGCAGGGCGAAGAGCUGCAUGGCUGCUGAGGUGAAGGAACUCACCGCCCUCCUCCAGGAACAGGGGGAGGACAGGCUACAGCAAGCCCAGGAGAGGUUCCAGGAGGAGAGGGGCCAGUUGGAGAAGCGUCUAGCCCAGCAGAAUGAGCUCUCUCUCGGGGAGCUGAGGGACAAACACCAGGCUGACCUGGAGCUCCAGAGGACCAAACUACUCGCCGCUCGCACACAAGAGACAGACACGCUCCGAGCCAAUCACAAAGCAGAACUGGAUUCUCUGUCUGCCAGUCACAAAGAGCAAAUUGCUGUCAUGGCGACCGAGCUGGCCUCCAAGCACAAGGCUGAGCUCGUCGCCCUGGAAACGCGCCUCGAGUCCCAGCGGAACGCGGAGCUCGAUCGCCUUGAGGCGGUCCUUGAGGAGGCCAAUCAGGCGCAGCUGGAGGCCCAGGAGGCAGAGCUGAAUCACAGGCACCAGGAAGAACGGGACGAGCUGGAGAGGAGGAUGCUGGGUAACAUGGACACUUUGGAGGCAACCUACCUGAAGGAGAUCCAGACCCUGAGGGAACAUAUUGAGCAGCUGGAGGACAAGUGCAGACAGGAAGUGGAGCAGGGGAAGGCGGCCCUCAGACAGGAAGUGGCGCGCGAGCGGGCGGAGCAUUUGUCCAGCCGAGAGGAGCUGAGGAGGGAACUGGCCCAGGUGCACAUGGAGAAGUUCAGCGCCAUGGCAACCGAGCUCAGCCACGCACACCAGACUGAGCUAGCGACCCAGAGGGAAGCCCUGGAGACCGCACACCGCCUGGCCCUGGAAGCCCUCAGGAACCAGGUGUUGGAGUUGGAGCAGCAGCAUAGCGCUGCUUUACAGGACCUGGCUCAGACUUUCAACACUGAGAAGCAGAAACUUGACACCCAGCACCAGCUCAAGCUGCAGGAGGUGAGGAGUGUGUCCACACGUGAACUGGAGGCGUGCCGCAAGGAAAUCGAGGAGGAAUCGUCACGGCAACGCCUGCACUUCCUUGAAGAGGCGGAACUCUCCAGAGUCCAAUCUGAGAGGUGCCUGCAAGACCGGAUCAGCCAACUAAAAGCGGAGUUUGAGGAGCAGAAGGAGGCGGAGCUAGAUGAGCAGAGGCGGGGUUUCAGUUCUGAGUACGAGCAGAAGGAGUGCAGCUACACAGAGAAAAUGAGCCAGCUCUCUGCCCAGCUACAGCAGCUUGACACUGUGGUGUCCCAGCUGCGUUCGGAGGUGGGCUGCCUGCAGGGGGAGCUGGAGGGGAAGCGUGGGGAGAUGGAGACCCUGGACACCCUCCUCCAGCGGCGAGACAGGGAGGCCCAGGAGGGAGGGAACCUGCUGGACAUGCUCACAGAAGACCUGAAGAACACCAAGCAGGAGAGGCAUGACCUGCUCCUGGCCAAUGAGAAGCUGAGGAACGUCCUGCUGGAGGUGGUCCGCAGCACCAUGGCAACAGAGGAGCUGAUCGGACGGCGGGUCGGCGCCUGUGUCGGGGUCGGCGAUCCCCUUCAGGGGGUGGAGUCAGGGCACCAGACAACCAAUCAGAGAGCCUCUGGGGGCAGCCGAGACGUACAGCAGAUGGGAAGUGUAUCUGUAUCGGAGGUCUCAGUGGAUGACCUGGAGCUGUCCCAGCGUGUGUGUGAGAGCCUGCUGCUAGCGGACACACACCUCCGGCCCGAGGGAGAGGAGGCGGUGCUGGGGGCCUGCGGUCGACUCCGACACACCAUAGACACGCUGCUGGAGCUGCUCAACCAGGCCAACACACAGCUCCUGCAGACCCACGGCGUCCACCUCUCUCUGAAGGAGAGGUUCUCCCAGGGCCGAGAAGACUCCGCCCAGCUCCUCCAGCAGCACACGCACCUAUUGGAUCAGCUCAACCAGGAGGCGGGACAGAAGAGCCAAUUACAGCUGGAUCUCCACAAAGCUGAGGGCCUGCUGGAGGGCUACGUGGCGGAGAAGGCCGUGUUGGAGGAGGCUCUGCAGCAGAAGGAGGCCCAGGAGGAGCGGCUGGCCGAGGAGCUGGAGGGCCUCCGGGUGCAGCUCCACCAGACGGAGGGCCUCAGCGUGGAGCUGGAGAGCCUCCGGGUGCAGCUCCACCGGGCGGAGGGCCUCGGCGUGGAGCUGGAGAGCCUCCGGGUGCAGCUCCAGGAGCUUGAAGAGGAGAACGCCCUGCUGCUGCGCCAGAGGGACCAUCUGAGCGCCGGCCUGGGGGAGAGGGAGAGAGGUCUCCUGGCGGAGGCCCAGCGGCUGGCCCAGGAGAGGCUGGACGUGCAGCGGCAGGCUGAGAAGGACCACGGCUGCCUGUCCCUCCGCCUCCGGGCCCUGGAGGCCGAGCUGGAGGAGCAGGAGACAAAGGGCCUGGAGACGGAGCUGCACCACAGGGCCCAGAGCGAGGACCUCAACCAGCGCGUCCAGGCCCUGGAGAAGCAGCUCAAGCACAACCGGCAGUUUAUCGAUGAGCAAGCGGUGGAGCGUGAGCACGAGAGAGACGAGUUCCAGCAGGAGAUCGGCCGUCUGGAGUCCCAGCUCAGACACACGGCCAGAGGACACUCUGCUGGGGACGACAAGGGCCAGAGGAUUGAGGACUUGGUUCUGCAGGUGGAGAGUCUCCAGGCUCUCGUGAGGGACAAAACGGAAGACCACGCCUCUCUGCUGGCGGUCAAUCAGCAAGCCCAGCGUGACGUCGUCGAGCGCAACGAGGAGAUUGACAAGCUGGCUGGGCGAAUCAGAGAGCUGGAGCAGGCAUUGCUAAGCAGCGCGGAGAGCAACCGAGCUCUCAGCCAGCUGGAGCAAGAGCUGCACCGAGCCAAGCAGAGAGAGCUGGAGCUUACACAGGACAAACAGGCUCUGGAGCAACAGCAGCUGUCCAACAGGCUCCAGAUCUCGGCCCUGCAGUCCAAACUGGACGAGACCAGACACCGUUACCAUGACAACCAGCCAGACCCCACCCAGCAGCUGCGAGACAUGCUGGACACGACCCAGCAGGACCUCCAGGACCGAGAACGGCAGGUGGAGAACCUGAUUGGCCAAGUGGAGCAGGUCCAGAGAGACUUGACCAUCAAAGAGGCAGAGUUAAAACACCUUACGCUACAGCUGGAGGUGUUAACCAAUCAGAAUGCAGAUCAUGUCAGCCAGCUACAGGAUCAGAUUGCUGCUCUGAAGGAGAACGUGUCCAGUCUCGCUCUUCGCCAGGAAGAGAGGGAGGAGGAGAGGGAGAGGGGGGAGGAGGAGGGGGAGGAAGAGAGCCUCCCCUCUGCUCUCCUGCAGGAGAAGAACCAGGAGAUUGACCACCUCAAUCAGGAGCUCCAGCGCCUGGAGCAGGAGGUGGAGAACUCCAGGACCCACAUGACCACAGAGGCUGAUCUGGAGGACCUGCACUCUCAGGUGGAGCACCUGCACUGUGACCUCAUCAGGCUGCGCCAGGACAAGCAGGAAGAGGAGGAGCGACUCCAUGAGGUCAUCAGCACGCUGCAGGCCGAGCUCAACGCGUCAGGCCCCACCCUGCACGAGGUCAGCGACUCCCAGGACGGGGACAGCGUGAACCCCUCGCCCUCGCCGUCCCCCAGCCCCGAGCCCCCUCACCCCCUGCUCCGAGGGGCGCCGAGGAGAGGGGAAGGCCACAGCCUGAAGCAGGAGCUGCGGCUCCUCCACGCCUCCUCCUCUCGCUCCCUCCGCUCGCGCGCCGAGGCCCUCCAGGGCCAGGUGGAGGCGCUGGCGGGGGAGAAGGAGGCGAUGGAGAGGCUGCUGCACACCCAGGAGGAGGAGUACCGGGGGCACGGGGCAGAGAUGGGGAAGAGGCUGAGGGAGGAGAGGGAGAGGGCGGAGGAGGUUGCCCGCCUGCUGUCUCUGAAGGAGGCCGAGCUGGAAGAGGAGAAGUCCAGGAGAGGGGAGGAGGAGGUGGUGAGUGUCCUCCAGAGGGAGAGAGCUCAGCUUAACUCCCUGGUCCUGGAGCUUCAGAGGGCGGAGGAGGAGAAGGAGAAGGAGGUGGCGAGUCUGAAAGAGAGGGAUGGGGAGAGGGAGAGAGAAGCCGAGUCGCUCAGGGAGAGCGCACGCACUCUCGAGAGACAGGUCCAGGAGGCGAGGGCGGAGGUGGUCGCCAUGGAGACGGGCAAGGCCGAGCUCCUCGCGGAGCGAGAGACUCUGAGGAGGAGGGAAGGGCAGCUGCGGGAGGAAAGGGAACGCUUCAGACAGGGUGUGACCUCGCUUCAAGCCCGCGUCCAGGAACUGAGUCUCCAGUUGGAGGAGAGAGGAGCCAAUCAGGAGGAGUCUCAGAAGGAAGUGCUGACUCACGCUGAGGCCACCCUCGCCAAGGCAGACACUGCGCUCCGACAGAGGGAGGCGGAGCUUGCCCGGCUGGGGGCGGAGCAUCAGGCCCUGAGGGCGGAGUUAGCCGCCGUGAAGGAGGGGCUAAGCUGCAGUACUGAGAGAGCCGAGAAACUGAAGGAGGAAGGCCAGACCAAAGACCGCGCCCUCGCCGACCUCGAGACCUACAACCAGCGUCUGAAGGUGGAGCUGAGGGGCCUCCAGGAGGACCUGGCGGUGCAGGAGGAGGAGCUGGCCUAUCAGCAGAGAGAGCUGCUCCAGCUCAGGCAGCAGGCCACGCCCCCUCACGGCCAGUCAUACUCACAGAAAGAUCUUUCUCGUCCUGGGUUUGAGGAGGUCGUGUGUGGGUCACGGGACGAAGCUUCGCUGAGCUCCCCGGAGGUUCUCCGAAGACUGGAGUGCUCCGAGGACAAGAUUAGAGGGGGGUUUCACACCUCGCUUCUCCAGGGUUCCCAUCUCUCUGAGCUAAGUGCCCUGAACUGCACGGGGCUGGAGCCCCACCCGAACAAGGCCUCCACCAGGGGCAGGCCAGACCCAUCUCGGUCCAGGACCAUCACCCCGGAACCGACCACGCGCAGUACCCGCUCUCCAGGCUCGGUCUCGGCCUCCGAUAACUUCUCCAUGCUGGACUCGCUAGAUGCUGAUAAAGUGCACGAGUUGGAGAACCUGGACCUGACGGCUCCUUCCUCUCCUCUGGGCUCCACCUCCUCCCUGUCUGCCCCCGAGUGGGCCAGCGACGGAUAUGGCAGCAACGUGAGCUCCGAGCUGGGGCUGAGACUGAGGGUGGAGCUGGAGCAGACGGAGCGACUGGACGCCCAGUUCAUCGAGUACCUACGCUGUCGGGGCAUGAACCCCGCCGCCAACACGGACAGCGCUGCGGGCAGCAUGAGCUACAGCGACGAGCUGCUGUCUCCUGAGCUGCAGGGCCUGCUGAAGAGGGUGUACCAGGAGAGCUGCAGGGUCCUUGCUCUGUCGCAGCGCCCGGCCGCUUCCUCGUCCCAGCCCCGCCUCUCGGACACCAAAACCCUACUGGACCAGACCUUCUGUCCUUCAGAGGGUAAAGGCCUCCCAUUGGACCAGGCCUCGGUCCCUCCCCUGGGCUGGCAACAGGAAAAGAGGGCACUUCAGGAAACGGUGAUCGCGCUCAGGGAACUUCUCUGCCGCAUGGCACAGAGGGACCCACAGCCUGACGGCAGAGGAGACGGGGCGUGGCCUGGCGGACAGGUUGAGACCCAGCUGAGGGAGGAGCUAGAGCACAGCCGGGAACAGCUGAACUCCGCCCACAACACACUGCAGGAGCUACACAACCAGAUCCAUCAGCUCAGGCUGGCUGUGGGGGAGUGCGAGGAGGCUCUGAGGAAGGAACAGAGCCGGGUCCAAGAUGUCCAGCUGGAACUGGAGCAGGAGAGAGCACACACACUCCGACGGGGGACGGAGGAAGAGGAGAGACGACAGGCACUGUGUGUUUCUCUGGAGCAGCAGGGGUCAGAGGUCGUGUCCGUCAGGAGUCAACUGGAGCAGGAGAAGGUGACCGUCAGCAACCUCAGACGAGAGCUUCAGAUCGAGCACUCCCGAGGCCUCCUACUCCAAUCGCAGCUCGACAAACGGUUAGCCGACGCCCACAAGGACCUGGAGGAGGAGCGGCAGCGUUCCACCCGUCAACUGGAGGCCCAAUCACAGGACAGGGCCCGACAGGAGAAUCUGGUCCGAGAGAUGGAGUCGAGCUUAGUCGACACCCGUUCUCAGAUUGCCGACGCCCACAGGAAGCUGGACGAGGAGCGGGAGCGUUGCUGCCGGCAACUCGAAGAGAUCGCUCGCCGGCAGGAAGCCGACGCCACCCGAGACAGGAAGUUCAUCUCUGACAUGCGCUCCCAGCUGGAGCAGGAGAGGCGGCAAGGGGAGGAGCUCGCCGCAAUGACGGACAGGCUGAGGGCGGAGCUGCUGCAGUGCCGCAGGAAGGGCGAGGAGGAGGACCGGAGGAGGAGGGAGGAGUCUCUGAGAGAGCAGGAGGCCACGGCCCGCCUCCGCGUCGCCACCGCCGCCCUGAAGGAGCAGAAGCAGGAGGCGGGCGGCGCCCUAGAGGCGGAGCGUGAGCGCGCCGCCUGCCAAGGGGCGGAGCUCCGAGAGCUGAAGGAGAGGCUGCAGCAGAUGAGGGAGAAGGAGCGAGAGAGGGAGGAGCAGAGGGAGAGGGAGAGGCGGAAGGAGAGGCAGGAGCAGGCGGAGAGAGAGCGGCGACACCAGAGGACCAGCGACAAACUGAGCGAGUUGGCACUGCUGAGGCUGCAGGACCAGCAGCGCAUGCGCGAGCUGCAGCAGACUCUGGCUGAGCUGGAGAGGGAGGAGAGAGAGAUGGCCUCCCAGAGACUGGCCGCCGGCUCCCGCGCCACCCUCCCCGCAGGAGCCCCGCGACCACACGGCGGCGCCCUGGCUGGCCCCGCCCAGGCUGGCCCCGCCCAGGCUGGCCCCGCCCUGGCUGGCCCCGCCCUGGCUGGCCCCGCCCAGGCUGGCCCCGUGCAGGCUGGCACCCCUCUGCUCAACCACCAGUCGUCGUCGUCGUCUUCCUCGGCGUUGGUGGAGAAGCUGCUGAAGGAGAACUCGGAGCUGUCGGGUCGCGUGGCGGAGCUGAGCGGGGAGGGAGUGGAUCUCAAACAGACCCUGAGGGGCCUGGAGCGACAGCUCCGCCGCUCAGAGAGCGAGCUCGCCAAGGUCACUGCGGAAACCCGGAACAGACCCGCCGUGGCUGCUGAUAUCAACAACAGCAAAGUGCAGCGCCUGUACGAACGCUACCUGAGGGCAGAGAGUUUCCGGAAGUCUCUGGUGUACCAGAAGCGCUACCUGCUGCUGCUGCUGGGGGGCUUCCAGGACUGUGAACAGGCCACGCUGUGUCUGAUCGCCCGCAUGGGGGUGCACCCCUCACCCCCGCUAUCUGGCCAACGCAGACCCCUCACACGCUUCAGAGCUGCUGUACGAGCAGUUGUCGCCAUUUCAAGACUGAGGUUCUUGACCAGGAAGUGGCAGAAAGCUAUCAGGAGGAGCGUAACCACAUCUAGCACUGUCAACGGACACGCACAAGGAUCCAGGACAGAGGUUUUGAGACAGCAACAUCCUGGAGCCAUACACAACUCUUCCCCGCCCACGAGAGAUGGUAGCCCCACCCAUAUGGGUGUGGUCUCAACUCUAGUUCCACCAAUGAAAUCGCCCUUCCGUCUACACAACAGGGGAUACUCCAACUCCACCGUGGUCUCCGAGCGCUCUGUAGGGACAUCCCAGGAUGCCGAGCGGUCACUGACUGAGUAUAUCAACCACCUAGAGAAGGUCCAGCAACGGCUGGGGGGAGGACACCCAGUUAGCAAGGAUUAUUUGUCCUUGCCUCCCAGUGGGGACAGGAGGAGGCAUGGUCAGGCCACCUGCUCCCCUGAUAUGAUUGGCUAUCGGCAGCGGUGGCUGCAAGAGAAUAGGACUUGGCUGUACCUGAGCUGCCUGUCCCCCCUCUACCUGAAUGGCCCAGAUUCUGCGACUCUCCAUUCCAACCCUAAGAAGUCUGACCACUGAACAAAUGUCUCAAUAUCCUGAAAGUGGCCCUGGAUCAUAUCCAACUGUGUUCAUCAAUAAACAAGAGAAUUGUUCAUGGUAAAUGUUUUGUUUGAUUAUAAUGGUGUUGUUUUUUAAAAUAAAUUAUUUUAUAUGUUUUAUAUGCUGAUUUUUCUAUGGUCCGCCAAAGCUGCAAAGAUGACUCCUAAGGAUCCUCACAAGAUGAAUGUUGUUGUUUUUUAAAGAUGGUAUUAACUGUUUUUCUACUCAUGUUUUAUACUGUUUAUCAAUAUGUAUGAAUGUGUAAAGUAUUUGCACUGGAAUUCCAACAUCAAUACUAGUCACGGUGUUCACGCACAAUGGUAGUCUUUUUUUAACAUUUUAUAAUACUGGCAUUUCUAUAAAAAAAAAGUCAAUAAAUAUUUUGUCUGAUUAUCAAA